AUGAGCCAGCAGUGUGCCCAGGUGCCCAAGGCAGCCAACAGCCUCUUGGCUUGUAUCAGGAACAGUGCAGCCAGCAGGACCAGGGAAGGGAUUGUCCCGCUGUACUCGGCGCUGGGGAGGCUGCACCUCGAAUACUGUGCUCAGGGUCUAAGGAGUCCUCAAGAGAGUGUUCAUGACAUCAGUCCUAUUGAAAGCUUUCGGAUCCCUAGUAAGGAGGAGCUCCAAGAGUUACGGGAAGAACCUAUUGAUCCUCAAGUUCAGCAAGAAAUAAUUGACAGCAUUGAAGAAGUGUAUUUUUCCAGUGAUUCCUUUGAUAUUGUGAAAUAUGAGUUGGAGAAGCUUCCUCCAGUACUUAAUCUUCAAGAACUGGAACAGUACAGAGACAAAUUAAAGCAACAGCAAGCUGCUGUAUCUAAGAAAGUCGCCGACUUAAUUCUUGAAAAGCAGCCUGCAUAUGUUAAGGAGCUUGAACGUGUCACUUCAUUGCAGACAGGCCUUGAGGUAGCGGCUGUCAUUUGCACAAAUGGAAGAAGGCACUUAAAUAUGGCUAAGGAGGGCUUUACACAAGCUAGUCUGGGGCUCCUUGCAAAUCAAAGGAAGCGGCAGCUACUUGUUGGACUUCUGAAAUCUCUGCGAACAAUAAAAACAUUGCAAAGAACUGAUGUGCGUUUAAGUGAAAUGUUGGAGGAAGAGGACUAUCCAGGAGCUAUCCAGCUGUGCUUGGAAUGUCAGAAAGCAGCCAGCACUUUCAAACACUACAGUUGUAUAAGUGAGUUGAAUUCAAAACUGCUUGACACUUUGGAACAAAUAGAGGAACAAUUGGACGUAGCACUCUCCAAAAUAUGCAAGAACUUUGACGUCAGUCAUUAUACCAAGGUCCAGCAGGCUUACAGGUUACUUGGGAAAACACAGACAGCAAUGGAUCAACUACAUAUGCACUUCACUCAAGCCAUUCACAACACCGUGUUUCAAGUAGUCCUUGGAUAUGUGGAGCUCUGUGCAGGAAACACAGACACCAAGUUUCAGAAGCUACAGUAUAAAGAUCUCUGUACACACAUCACCUCGGACAGCUACAUUCCCUGCCUGGCCGACCUCUGCAAGGCGCUCUGGGAAGUCAUGCUCAGCUACUACCGAACGAUGCAGUGGCACGAGGAGCACGACCAAGACGAGGCAGGAACCGUGUCCUCUGUUUCAGAUGGCAACAAUGUGAUUGGAACUGAGGAGAGCAGUUUUGACCGCAGCUAUGUAAAAAAGAAAUUGGAACACGGGCUUUCACGAAUAUGGCAGGAUGUUCAGCUGAAAGUGAAAACUUAUCUCCUGGGAACAGAUCUGUCUAGCUUCAAAUAUGACGACUUCAUAUUUGUGCUUGAUAUUAUCAGCAGGCUGAUGCAAGUUGGAGAAGAAUUUUGUGGCAGUAAGUCAGAAGUUUUACAAGAAUCUAUCAGAAAACAAAGUGUUAACUAUUUCAAAACAUACCACAGAACCCGCCUUGAAGAACUGAGAAUGUUUUUGGAGAAUGAAACUUGGGAACUUUGCCCUGUUAAAUCAAGUUUUAGUAUUUUGCAGCUUCAUGAGUUCAAGUUCAUGGAGCAGCCGCGCUCGCCAUCUGUGUCGCCCAGCAAGCAGCCCCCCUCCGCGCUGGCAGCAGCAGCAACCCUGUUUGAGCAGUACUGCAGCGGGGGGAACCCCUUCGAAAUCCAGGCCGACAGCAAGGACGACGAGACGGAGGACGUGCUGGCGUCCAACGGGUAUGAAUCAGAUGAGCAAGAAAAAAGUGCAUAUCAGGAGUACGAUAGUGACAGUGAUGUUCCUGAAGAGCUGAAAAGAGAUUAUGUGGAUGAGCAGACAGGAGAUGCUCCUGUGAAGAGUGUUUCUCGAGAAACCCUGAGGACCAGAAAGAGAUCAGAUUACAAUCUCAAUAAAGUGAAUGCACCUAUCCUAACUAAUACUACGUUGAAUGUAAUAAGACUUGUUGGGAAAUACAUGCAGAUGAUGAAUAUUCUGAAACCCAUUGCAUUUGAUGUGAUCCACUUCAUGUCCCAGCUCUUUGAUUACUAUCUAUAUGCAGUCUAUACAUUUUUUGGCCGAAAUGACAUGUUUGAAUCAACAGGCCUGGGCCUCAGUAGCAGCAGGUUACGCACCACGCUGAACCGAAUCCAGGAGAGCCUGAUUGAUCUCGAGGUCUCUGCUGAUCCCACUGGAACUCUCACAGCUGCUGAAGAGAGAAAGGAGAAGGUGCCGAGCCCACAUCUCAGUCAUCUCGUAGUUUUGACAUCUGGCAAUUCGCUAUAUGGUUUGGCAGAGAGAGUGGUAGCCACAGAAUCCUUGGUAUUUUUGGCUGAGCAGUUUGAGUUUCUUCAGCCUCACCUUGAUGCAGUGAUGCCAGCUGCCAAGAAACCUUUUCUUCAGCAGUUCUAUUCUCAGACUGUGUCAACUGCCAGUGAACUACGCAAACCAGUUUAUUGGAUUGUCGCUGCUAAAGCCAUUGAUUAUGAACAGAUGCUGCUUCUCAUGGCCACUGUGAAAUGGGAUGUGAAGGAAAUCAUGUCACAGCACAAUAUAUAUGUAGAUGCUCUUUUAAAGGAAUUUGAAGAAUACAACAGAAGGCUGAAUGAGGUGUCCAAAAGAGUCCGUAUCCCACUGCCUGUCUCAAACAUCCUGUGGGAGCACUGCAUACGCUUGGCCAACAGAACCCUCGUGGAAGGUUAUGCCAAUGUUAAGAAAUGCAGCAAUGAAGGACGUGCCUUGAUGCAACUGGACUUUCAGCAAUUCUUAAUGAAACUAGAAAAGCUAACAGAUAUUAGACCUAUUCCAGAUAAAGAAUUUGUGGAGACCUACAUUAAAGCAUACUACCUAACAGAAAAUGACAUGGAGCGCUGGAUCAAAGAACAUAGGGAAUACUCCACGAAGCAGUUGACCAAUCUGGUGAAUGUUUGUCUGGGAUCCCACAUCAACAAAAAGGCAAGACAGAAGCUGCUAGCUGCUAUUGAUGAUAUAGACAGACCUAAAAGAUAACUGGAGAAAAGUACUUGUGACUUGAACCUUUUUCUGUUCAUGUGAGUAUGCAAACACAUCUCUCAUGGACUAAGGAUGGCUUUCUCUU